AUGAGGGACCCCAUUCCAGUCAAGGAGCGUUUGGCCAUCGCCAUAUCUUGGCUGGGCAACACCACCUGCUAUCGGGUGGUUGGCGGCCUAUUCGAAGUGGCACGCUCAGCUGUGGCCGGAAUAGUAAUGGAGGUCUGCCUGGCCAUCGAGGCACAUUUGUUGAGAUGCAUUGUCUGUCUGCGAUCAGCAGGACGGGCAUUCAGUGUUGUCUUCCAGAAAGCUGUUGAAAGAGCUGCCACGAAUGAAAACCUCAAAGAACGAGUAGCCAACCUUAUUGACAGCAUUACCUUCUCUGUGUUCCAGUAUACAACCCGAGGGCUGUUUGAAUGUGACAAACUGACUUACACAGCACAGGUCACUUUCCAGAUACUUCUAAUGAAUAAAGAAAUUAACACCAUGGAACUUGAUUUCCUGCUACGAUAUCCAGCCCAGCAAGGAGUCACAAGUCCAGUGGAGUUUUUGUCCAAUCAGUCAUGGGGUAGCAUCAAGGCUCUGUCAUCCAUGGAACAAUUUCACAAUUUGGAUCGGGACAUUGAAGGUUCUGCCAAAAGAUGGAAGAAGUAUGUGGAGUCUGAAUCUCCUGAAAAGGAAAAGUUUCCACAGGAAUGGAAGAACAAGUCAGCUUUGCAAAAGCUGUGUAUUAUGAGAGCCAUACGACCCGACCGUAUGACAUAUGCUGUCCGAGAUUUUGUGGAAGAGAAGCUGGGGAAUAAAUAUGUGGUCGGAAGAUCUCUGGAUUUUGCAACAUCAUUUGAGGAGUCGGGACCUGCAACCCCAAUGGUUUUUAUCAUCUCACCUGGAGUUGAUCCCCUGAAGGAUGUAGAAAAGCAUGGGAAGAAACUUGGCUACACAUUUAAUAACAGGAAUUUCCAUAAUGUCUCACUUGGGCAAGGCCAGGAGGUAGUGGCAGAGCAGGCCUUAGACCUGGCUGCAGCGGAAGGACAUUGGGUUAUCCUGCAGAACAUCCACCUGGUGGCCAAGUGGCUGAGUUCUCUGGAGAAGAAGCUCGAGGAGCACAGUGAAGGCAGCCAUCGAGAGUUCCGUGUCUUCAUUAGUGUGGAACCUGCAGCUUCGCCAGAGGGCCACAUCAUACCUCAGGGGAUCCUGGAGAACUCCAUCAAAAUCACUAAUGAGCCCCCAACAGGGAUGCAUGCCAAUUUCCACAAGGCUCUGGACAACUUCAGCCAGGACACCCUGGAGAUGUGUACCCGUGAGAAUGAGUUUAAAAGCAUCCUUUUUGCCCUGUGCUACUUCCAUGCAGUGGUGGCAGAAAGGCGCAAAUUUGGACCACAAGGUUGGAACCGUCUGUACCCCUUCAACACGGGAGAUCUCACCAUUUCAGUCAAUGUUCUUUACAAUUACUUGGAGGCCAGUUCAAAGGUACCCUAUGAUGACUUGCGGUACCUUUUUGGGGAGAUCAUGUAUGGAGGACAUAUCACAGAUGACUGGGACAGGCGCCUCUGUAAGACCUACCUGGAGGAAUUCAUCAAGCCUGAAAUGCUGGAGGGAGAAUUCUCACUGGCUCCAGGAUUUCCCCUCCCAGGGAACAUGGACUACAAUGGCUAUCACCUGUAUAUAGAUGAUGCCCUGCCUGCUGAGUCACCAUACCUUUAUGGCCUCCACCCCAAUGCAGAGAUUGGCUUCUUGACCCAAACUUCAGAAAAGUUGUUCCAUACCCUUUUGGAGCUGCAGCCUCGGAACAUCAGCUUAGGAGAAGGUGCAGGGACUACCCGGGAAGAGAAGGUGAAAGCUCUACUGAAUGACAUCCUGGAGAAGCUGACUGAUGAGUUUAACAUUCCAGAGCUGAUGGCCAAGGUGGAAGAGAGGACACCAUACAUUGUUGUUGCAUUCCAGGAGUGUGAGCGAAUGAAUCUGCUGACAAGUGAGAUCCGGCGGUCGCUGAGGGAGCUGGACUUGGGACUAAAGGGUGAAUUAACCAUGACCAGUGAUAUGGAGUCCUUACAAAAUGCCAUCUUCUUAGAUACAGUGCCUGAGUCAUGGACCAGGAGGGCUUAUCCUUCCAUGGCCGGUCUCUGUGGCUGGUUUGCUGACCUCCUCAAUCGUAUCAAGGAACUGGAGACAUGGACAGGGGACUUCAUGCUACCAUCUGUGAUGUGGUUGGCAGGCUUCUUCAACCCACAGUCUUUCUUGACAGCCAUAAUGCAGUCCAUGGCCCGAAAAAACGAGUGGCCCCUGGACAAAAUGACCCUACAGUGUGAUGUGACCAAAAGAAAUCGUGAGGAUUUUACCAGCCCACCACGGGAAGGAGCAUAUGUCCACGGCUUGUUCAUGGAGGGAGCACGCUGGGAUAUGCAGACAGGUUUAAUUGCCGAUGCCCGCCUGAAGGACCUUACUCCAUCAAUGCCGAUCAUUUUCAUCAGAGCCAUCCCUGUUGAUAAGCAAGACAACCGCAACGUGUACCCUUGUCCUGUGUAUAAAACCCGCCAACGAGGACCAACCUAUGUCUGGACCUUUAACCUGAAGACCAAAGAGAAACCUUCCAAGUGGGUUUUAGCAGGAGUGGCACUCCUCCUACAAAUUUAGACUCCAACUCAAAUGCACUUUUCACAAUAGACUGGACAAAAAAAGGCCACUGUGUCUUCUUUUGGAAAUGCUUCACAAAUGGAAUUAACCUGAGGCUGGUUCACAUGACCACAAGUUACAGUGUACCUUGUGCACUUGAUUUUUCUGUGUUGUGUGCAGGGCUUUUUUUUCUGGAAAAAGAGGUGCCGGAACUCUCAAGAAGGAAAUGAAAUUUUCAAUCUGUAUACUGAAAACUCAUGAACUUUUAAACAAUUUUAAAAGAAUUUUGUCAAAGAGAUUCUGGAACUCCUUUCCAGUGUGUUCCCCCAGGAAAAAAAAGCCCUGGGUGUCUGUGUUGAGUAAUUCUUGUGUUAUGUUCAGUGCACAUAUAACUCAACAUGUGAUUUAAACCCCACAUUUAUCCAGGUACUGAUCCCUGUUACAG